CGAAACCCCGCCCCCUGCGCAUGUGUGCCUGUGUCGGCAUUGGUGAGAAAUCAGCGCUGGAACAGAUGAGGGAAUGUCAAACUUGUUGCCGAUGCCCGCGGCUCAACACAUCCGACACAAGGAUAAAUGAGAAAAUCCUCCUGGAGCCACAACCAUUUGACGGAACAGACAAUAUUAAAGAAAAUGGCGAUUAAUUUUUGUGCUGAAUGCAUUUCAUACUGUGACAACAAAAGGGAUCCUGGGCUCUCCAGUUUAUAAACGCGCGCGCACCCACAGCGGCGCAUCGAGUCUCCUCACAGGACUGAACGCACGCGCGAAGUUCUCCUCAGAGGACCGCCGAUUUAAUGCAUCCAUUUACUCGUUUUGAAUUCAUGUAAGUGUUUUUAAUAUAGAAUAAUUCGUCGGGAUCGCUCGCGUUGCAUUGGAGAUGUGAACAUGGGACAUGUGCUACGCGCGCAGGUUUGCACUCCUCUGGAUAUGUGUUGAACGACUUGGGGACGUUACGCAUCGAAUAAUGAUGUAAACGAGGAGUUUUUUAAGAUGCGCGUUUUCCAGGAUCGUUGCAUUAAGGAUAUACACAGAGGAGUCCGCGUUUUUACGCCUGUGCUGGAAUUGAGUGACAAACAAACAAAAGGAAUUUAAUCCUCGUAGACUGAAAAUGAACUCUAAUUAUAACAGUGCCGGAUUUCAUAUGAAAGGGCCGUCAGUAGCUGUGGAGCCGAUGAUGGGUCCCCUAAACGAGUCCCCCAUGCAGGGACUCAACUUUGUCUCAAAUAGAGACCAGUAUGGAUUCCAGACUCAUGGCCAUGGGGAUAUGCUCGCUAUGGGAGUUCAGCCACAACAUCAACUACACAUGCAAGGACCGUUCAACCAUCAACCUCCUAACCACGAGCAGCAUUCACAUCUGUACCAGGAUAGCGUCCCCUCUUGCCUUCAUGGGGACAGACACAUGGGUUUCAACAGCACCAAUGCAGGCCACCCGCAUAUGUUUGAAGGAGGAUUCGGUCAGCAGCUCGCAGAGGCGCAGUCACGAGAAUGUAUCUCACAGCAGCAGCAUCAACAGAGAAUGGCCGCGAUGCCUGAGUUUCAACCACACGGCCACCCGAAUGGUAACAAUGCCGUUCCGGCACCGUGUCUUCCCCUAGACCAGUCACCGAACCGUGCCGCUUCGUUCCACGGCCUGCCGUCCUCGUCCCCUGAAACCCACAGACUUGAACACUACAGGCUUUUCCCACAGGGCAGGAUGGGGGGAUCAGAGCACUGUUUUCCCUGUGAUCCUCUGACGGGGAAUUUCGAUAUGACGGGAUUCUCCACCGCGGACAAUUCAGAACACAAACUGCCCUAUUGUGAAACGGGGAACCAAGUGGCCGGGGGUCAUUUUCCCACUUGCAAUCGAAGUGGUUCCCGAGGGCCCAUGAUGGGCGGCUCGAAAGUCGACCAGCAGCUACCUCAGCAAAACGUGUUUUCGGACCGAUUCGGGAACAGAGGGAAAAUGGAUCCGGGGGUUAACGCUAGACACCACCUCAUGGCGCAGCAGAGACCGGGACCCGUCGCCAGGCAGAACCCUGGUUCUCCUGCCCUUCCGCGGUUUUAUCACACUCCGGACUAUGUAGCCAACAAUGCGGACCCGAUGGUUCACGUUCAGCACGGGCACCUGGAUCGGCCCGUCCAUAGACUGAACAAUCAUAACAUGCAUCCCUUCGGGGAGCCGGUUUUUGAUGUCCCCCAGCUAGCCCCUCAGCCCCCACAUCACCCUCACCUCAGCUCACUGCCUUAUUUGAAUAUGGCGAAAAGGCCACGGUUUGAUCUCCCAAAUGGCUCUGCGGGAGAGAGCUGCAGCCCCCUAAGCAACAGCUUACAUAAUCGGCCCAAUCUUGAGAACCACCUCUCCCCCUCUGCUUUCCCCUCUCCCAUGGGGGACUUCACCUCUCAUGUGACGGAUGGGUUUCCAUCAGGACCCCUUCCCUUGAGCGCCGGCCCACAGCAGCAGCAACAACAGCAGCAGCAGCGGCGGCAGAACGCAGCGAUGAUGAUCAAACAAAUGGCAUCGAGGAGCCAGCAGCAGAGAAUGAGGCAACCCGACCUGCAACAGUUAAGUCUCCACGGGGACGUCACAUCAAACGGCAUGGUCUGCCGAGGCCCUCUGGGUAGUGUGUCUCAGUCCAAUUUUGAGAAGAAGCAUAAUUUUCAUGGAAACUUUGACAGCCCCCACCUACCUCAAGAAAACUCAUGGUUUCCUGAGCCGCAGCAGCAUUGUAGAGAAACAAACACGCAUGCCUUGGAGCAGGCAGAGAAUGGACACAACAUUAUUUUUAGACAAGGCGUCACAAGCAUGGACAUGCAGUCUUUGAAUUCUCCGGGAGCGCAUCAUCCGUUCGAAAAUAAUGUCAGCAAUCCUCUGCAGAUGCAGUCUCCUGAUGAGAGCAACAUGCAGUCGGGCGCACCCACGGACAGGAGGCCGGCUGAAUUUGGAGGAAUGGCGAUGAGGCGGCAACACAGCUUCCCUCCUGGAGGGCCGAGUCAACAGGGAGCCCCCCAGAGCAAUCCUCCAGGAUUUAGCUCCUCUCCAGGGAACUAUCCCGCCCAUCCCGAGUACCUCUCCAGCCAGCACCUGUCAGUCAAUAAGCUUGGGGCCCUCUCUUUGGGGAAUUUGAACAAAGCCAGUACAAAAGACAGUGUGUUUGGCCAAAGCUGUCUGGCAGCUCUUUCCACGGCCUGCCAGAAUAUGAUCGCCAGCCUUGGGGCCCCAAACCUCAAUGUGACUUUUAAUAAGAAAAGUCAAAAUGAGGCCAAACGCAAAGCAGGUCAGGUUGAGCAGGACAUAAAUAGCAGUGGCAGUAGCGGCCCAGGGGCAGAGUAUUUCCAGAGCAAUGCUUCUCAGAAUAGUCAAACGCCUUGCUCUGGGAAUAACAACAAUACGACGACAGGUCAAAGUGGUACGGGCCAGAUGGCGAAAAGGGAAGCGAGCACCCUCUCCCCAAACGACAACAUGGAGUCUGGAUGUGAGGGGAAAAUGGCAACAGGCAAGGGAAGGGGGAAGAAGAGACGAGACAGUGGGCACAUCAGUCCUGGAAACUUCUCCCCUCCAUGCGGCGGCGGCGGCGGCGGCGGUAACCCCGUCGUCAGUCCGAGUCAGCAGGGCUCCGCUUUGGGCAUGGGCAUGGAGAGCCGAGGGAAGACCCCGGAGAGGUCGCUGGUCUCCCCUUCCUUCGGUAAGCCCGACCUCGCCACCUCAAUGGACAGCGGAAUUCAAAGCGUGGGCAAGUCGGAUGGCGUUUCACCGUGCAUGGAUUAUUUAGACGACGCCAGCCCCAACUACAACGCUGAGGACCCGAGGCCUUGCAGAGCUGGCGUGAAGUGUAAUUCUGAAAACAGGGCCGGCUACAGUGACGCUCCGUGCAUGGAACAGGUGCGGACGCCAUUGAGCAACACGGGCCAGGAUGAGGUUCACCCUCUGGAGAUUUUGCAGGCUCAGAUCCAGCUGCAAAGGCAGCAGUUCAGCAUCUCCGAGGACCAGCCGAUGGGAGGGAAAACGGGCAAAAAGGCCGACUGCCAGGCCGGUCUGAACGGAGAAUGCGCCCUGGCCAGUUCUAGCCCGGUCACAGGCAAGGGCUCUGUGAAUACCAUUGACCUUGACUCUCUCAUGACAGAGCAGCAUGCCACCUGGUAUGUCCCUGGCAACAAGGCUCUGAUAGAGGACCCCGGUAAUGACAAGUGCCUGGGAUUCUGGGAUCGAGCACGGGGCCAGAGUGACAACAAAGAAGGACAUGGGUAGGAGCGCUCUUCUGAUGGCUCUCCAUAGCGUAUUACUGAAAAAAAAGGUGCUGCACGAUCUCGCGGUGAGGGUGGGGGUGGGACCUGGAGGAAGCCACCCGCGGUGUCCGGAAACCUCGGGACGCGGGGAUGGGGGUGGGAUGGAGGGGCCCCUGCUGUUCCUCUCACUUCCAGAUGCGACUUAAACUCAUCCAGAACAACUCGAACCACUUUGGGACCUCGCUGGCUGCUUUCCGUAACUGUAAGGAUGAUGGCUGGCUUGGUGUUUUCCAGCAGUAAUUGGAUACUUUUUUUUUACUAGCCCCAGAGAAGCCGCAAAGCUCUCCGGGUGUCCGUAGAGCAAGUCUUCUGGCCAACAAAAUCUCUUUAGAUUGACUGGAGAGAGGAGAGACAAUGGGAUACAGGAAAUACACAAGCACACCAGACUGGAAUCUUGGGACAGCGAGGCUCAAUUGCUUUUAGUGUAUUUUUAUCUUCUAAAGCCGUUUUUGCUGGGAUUACCUCAAUUUUUUUUUUUUUUUUUAAAGACUUGCAAGUGAGGGUUUAACUAGUUAGUACAAGAGCGUGCCGCUCUCUAUAAAUAUUUAUUAUCCCUGUUUGUUCAACAAAGCUCCUUUAUCGGUGAACUUUAAUCCAUCUUUUUCGGUUAUGUUAUCUUGUUUUUUUCCCGCCUGUUUAGAACUCUGUUCCAGAAUUCCUUCACACGAGUUCUAAAGCUUCCCAUUCUCCUAGGUCUUCAGCACCAGGCUCCGUGUCUGUGGUGGGUCAACCUUUUGACUUUGAAAGGCCAGUGGGGGUUCUGUCCUCUCCCUACUGUUUUUGGAAAUUUGAUAUUCACCCUGAGAACAUCCCUUUGUGACCUGCCUGGCCGGCAUCGGAAUGCCAUUGUUUCAAGUCGAAACUCUCCUUUGCUUGGGUUUUCCCUCUUUACCAAGCCUCCAUUGAGAGCCUGAGCUUCCCUCUGCCUUUAAACCAACUGAUGGUGAAUAUGUUUAGUCGGAAUUGGCAGGCUAUUCAAGCGAGGACAAUGGUUGGAGACAAAAGACUUUCCUUUUAAGAAAAUAGGUUUUCUUCUGGAGAGAAAAAGGUCUUUAACCAAUUUUUUGGGUCUUCGACACCUCUCUGUUUCCUUGUUCUACCUCCUUUCUCCGUUUUUCUUUCAUUAUUGUGAUAUACACGAAGCUUAAAGUGAAGUUAUUUGUGCCCGCAGAGUUUUUUGUAAAUAACCUGUAUAUUAUGAAUCACUUAUUAACAAUAAAUAUGUUGUAAAUUA